ACGCCGGACGUGUCCGCGAAGAUGGCGGGUCGGAGUAUGCAAGCUGCGAGAUGUCCUACAGAUGAAUUAUCUUUAACCAACUGUGCAGUUGUGAAUGAAAAAGAUUUCCAGUCUGGCCAGCAUGUGGUUGUGAGGACCUCUCCCAGCCACAGGUACACAUUUACACUGAGGACCCACCCAUCAGUGGUUCCAGGGAGCAUUGCAUUCAGCUUACCUCAGCGAAAAUGGGCUGGACUUUCUAUUGGGCAAGAUAUAGAAGUGUCCUUAUAUACGUUUGACAAGACCAAACAAUGUGUUGGCACAAUGACCAUCGAGAUUGAUUUCCUGCAGAAAAAAAGCAUCGACUCCAAUCCUUAGGAUGCCGACAAGAUGGCAGGAGAAUUUAUUCAACAGUUCAACAACCAGGCAUUCUCAGUGGGACAGCAGCUUGUAUUUAGCUUCAAUGAAAAGCUUUUUAGCUUAGUAGUAAAGGAUAUUGAAGCCAUGGAUCCCAGCAUCCUGAAGGGAGAGCAGGGGACAGGUAAAAGACAAAAGAUUGAACUAGGGCUGGUUCUUGGAAAUAGUCAAGUUGCAUUUGAAAAAGCAGAAAAUUCAUCACUCAAUCUUAUUGGCAAAGCUAAAACCAAGGAAAAUCGCCAGUCUAUCAUCAAUCCUGACUGGAACUUUGAAAAAAUGGGAAUAGGAGGUCUGGACAAAGAAUUUUCAGAUAUUUUUCGACGAGCAUUUGCUUCCCGAGUGUUUCCUCCAGAGAUUGUGGAACAGAUGGGUUGCAAACAUGUUAAAGGCAUCCUGUUAUAUGGGCCCCCAGGUUGUGGUAAAACUCUCUUGGCUCGACAGAUUGGCAAGAUGUUGAAUGCAAGAGAGCCCAAAGUGGUCAAUGGGCCAGAAAUUCUUAACAAAUAUGUGGGAGAAUCAGAAGCUAACAUUCGUAAACUCUUUGCUGAUGCUGAAGAGGAGCAAAGGAGGCUUGGUGCUAACAGUGGUUUGCACAUCAUCAUCUUUGAUGAAAUUGAUGCCAUCUGCAAGCAGAGAGGGAGCAUGGCUGGUAGCACGGGAGUCCAUGACACUGUCGUCAAUCAAUUGCUGUCCAAAAUUGACGGGGUAGAACAGCUGAACAACAUCUUAGUCAUUGGAAUGACCAACAGACCAGAUCUGAUAGAUGAAGCUCUCCUUCGACCUGGAAGACUGGAAGUUAAAAUGGAAAUAGGCUUACCAGAUGAAAAAGGUCGACUACAAAUCCUUCACAUCCACACAGCAAGGAUGAGAGGGCAUCAGUUACUCUCUGCAGAUGUAGAUAUUAAAGAACUGGCCACAGAGACCAAGAAUUUCAGCGGUGCUGAAUUGGAGGGUCUGGUGCGAGCGGCACAAUCCACUGCUAUGAACAGACACAUAAAGGCCACUACUAAAGUUGAAGUGGACAUGGAGAAAGCAGAGAGCCUGCAGGUGACCAGGGGAGAUUUCCUCGCUUCUUUGGAGAAUGAUAUCAAACCAGCAUUUGGCACAAACCAAGAGGAUUAUGCAAGUUACAUUAUGAAUGGUAUUAUCAAAUGGGGUGAUCCAGUUACUCGAGUUCUAGAUGAUGGAGAGCUGCUGGUCCAGCAGAUGAAAAACAGUGACCGCACACCAUUGGUUAGCGUCCUGUUGGAAGGCCCUCCUCACAGUGGGAAGACUGCAUUAGCUGCAAAGAUUGCAGAGGAAUCCAACUUCCCCUUCAUCAAGAUCUGUUCUCCUGAUAAGAUGAUUGGCUUUUCUGAGACAGCCAAGUGUCAGUCCAUGAAGAAGAUCUUCGAUGAUGCAUACAAAUCCCAGCUCAGUUGUGUAGUUGUGGAUGAUAUUGAGAGACUGCUUGAUUAUGUCCCUAUUGGCCCUCGAUUUUCUAAUCUGGUAUUACAGGCUCUUCUUGUGUUACUGAAAAAGGCUCCUCCUCAGGGCCGCAAGCUUCUUAUUAUUGGGACCACUAGCCGCAAAGAUGUCCUUCAGGAGAUGGAAAUGCUCACCGCUUUCAGCACCACCAUCCACGUGCCCAACAUUGCCACAGGAGAGCAGCUGUUGGAAGCUUUGGAGCUUUUGGGCAACUUCAAGGAUAAAGAACGUACCAUAAUUGCACAGCAAGUAAAAGAUAAGAAGGUCUGGAUAGGAAUCAAGAAGCUGCUAAUGUUGAUCGAGAUGUCCCUACAGAUGGAUCCUGAAUACCGUGUGAGAAAAUUCUUGGCUCUCUUAAGAGAAGAAGGAGCUCGCUCCCUUGACUUUGAAAAUGGACUAUUUGCAAACACAUAGUGACCAAGGUAAAGAGGGCCUGGGAUCGUCACUGGAUUUACUCAAGACCCUAAAUGAAGUGAAUUGUUCCCUGCCUUCAACACGUGCUCACUCUGCAUGAUCAGUGCAAUAAAAGUCCCCUCCUUGUGCUUAUCGAGAUAGUCCACUGUUUUGUGGAAGGUACAGACCUGCUUUAGAAUGCUGUGCUUACCUUUCCCUGCAAGCUAAGACGAUUCCUUCUUCCUCAGUCUCUAAGUGCGGGAGACACUGUACUUGUGAACACUACUCAUGUUAAGCCCCAUCCUCCACCUCCACCCAAAAGCUCUAAAUAAAUGUAAUGAUGUUGCAGGACGACGUUUGGCCUAUUAGUAGGAAGACUUUCUACAGGUAAACCAGGAACAGGGAGGGCUCACAGGGAUUAUUUUACAACUUCCCUGUGCAUUUGGUUAAAGCUCUCCCAGAAAGCUGGUUGUUACCUUUGCCUGAAGAAAUUGGGCAGGCUUUGGAUUUCUGAGAUGCUGUUCUCAAUCCUUUUCAGAGACGUUUCCAAGCUGCAGUCAGAUCUUUCUUAAUAGAACGAGUAUUGCUGUGUGGGCUGUGACAUCCCCUGAAUGUAACUGACUUCCUCUGUGGUGAGAGAUAUGCUAAUCAGUACCACCUGGCAGGUGUUGGUAAAAACUUGUGAGAGAUGUAUGGGAAAAGCCUAUACCCCUAUAAAGAAAGGAGUCGUUAAAAUAACUUACAAGCCUCUCAGCAUUGAUUAGGGUCCAACUCUAAAUGGGUCAGUUCCUUAGUAUAAUACUAAAGGCUUAUUAGCAAUCACCACUUUUCUUUUUUCCUUAGCUUAAUGACUUACUUAGAAUGUAUCCUUUAUUUUAAUUAUCUGUACUGUCUAGCAUCUAAAUAGAACACUCUUCUCCAGAAAUAAAAAAAAAUAUCACUUUAUAGCUCUCUCCCCUUAGUCCUUUAACAUCCAUUCCAAUACACUUAAUACAUUUCCUUUACCCUCUUCCCGUUUCUUCCAAAGGCUUUGUCUUAUAACUGAGUUAGAAGGAAUUUAAAUAGGUCAUCAUAUUUGGUGAUGAGCCCUAUGGAGCAUGCUACUCCCUCCCAUUGCUGCUUAAAAUGUGAGGACAAGCAAUCAGAAGCCAUCUGCAACCGCCCAUGAAGCUCGCUGCCACCGUGGCACUGGGGUGUAACUCCGUCAGCUGUCCCCAUGGUACAAGGCAAAUUAUCUCCAGAUCUUACUGUCUGCAUAUUUUUGGUAGACUUGUAUGUCAUGUCUACUUUGUUUCAACUUUUCAUUCCUAGCUUCUUUGUGGCUUUUCAAAAAGUGGACUGUAUUGUGAAAUUCUGUGAUUCCUGGUAGCCAGUAUCCUGGGUUCCCUUAUCUGUCUUAGCUCUUUCUUGCCUCUUUUCUCUUCCCACGAAGACCACAUGCAUUGUACUAACUUAUGGCUCUUAUUCAGUGAGGUUCAUGUCUUUGUGUUUUGUCUAAAACUAUAUUGAAAAUAUAAAUAUUAUAUUGUUUAAUGCAAAUGAAGGAAUGCAAUAAAGAGUAUAUAUACUUGAAAACA